CUGAAGGAAGCGGAAGCCCGGAUUUCCGGCUUGCGCCUGGAAAGUGCGGGUUCCUGGCUUCCGGGUGGGCGUGCAGGGCAGGUGGCCCGAGGAGCGGGCCAUGGAGAAGCUGCGGCGCGUCCUGAGCGGCCAGGACGACGAGGAGCAGGGCCUGACGGCGCAGGUCCUGGAUGCCUCAUCCCUCAGUUUCAACACCAGACUGAAGUGGUUUGUCAUAUGCUUUGUGGCUGGCAUUGUCUGUUCAAUCCUUGGAACUGGUUUGCUGUGGCUUCCCAAUGGCAUAAAACUCUUUGCAGUGUUUUACACGCUUGGAAACCUUGCUGCACUGGCCAGCACGUGCUUCCUGAUGGGGCCUCUGAAGCAACUGAAGAAAAUGUUCGAGACAACAAGACUGCUUGCCACAGUUAUCAUGCUUCUGUGCUUCGUGUUCACCCUGUGUGCUGCACUGUGGGUACAGCCUGUCCUACAUCCCAUACGCAAGGGACGCGGUGCUCAAGUGCUGCUCCUCGCUCUUCAGCUGAGCUGCCCGCCCGUCUGCUCCCACGUGUGCCUUCACAGCCAUCACUCCGGAGACGGCGGCCUCAGACCCCGCGUGUGCUGGUGGACUGCACUUUAGCCUCCGUUUGCUGGCCACUAACCUCUUCUUCCAGAGACAAGGAGAUCGUAAUCCUUGCCACUUGUAAAUAACUUUACUCAGAUUUUAAUCUUUCCAGACAGCCUUUGAAAUGUGAAUAUUUAAGGUGUAAACCUGUGUUGUAAGAUAUAUCCAACUUAUUUGGCUUUUAAAUGUUCUACAAUUUUAAAAAACUUUUUUUAUCUAAAAAUGUGAAGCUUUAUAUACUUUAAGCUUAAAAUUACUUAUUACAUGUAAUGAAAAGUAAUAUAUGUAUCUUACAGUUUUGAAAUAAACCUCCUGGAAAUAUA